GUUAUCUUCAUUGUGUUGUUUUAUAGAAGACUAUUUGAAAUGAUCCUUUCUCUGCCUUUUUGUAUUUUCAAACAACUUUUUCAUAAAGACUAUGCGACCACGCCAACAGCUGAGCGGCCUGGCCCCCGCUUCCAAUAUGGCGUCCCAGCAACCGAACGUAACUGUGGUGAGUGGAGCGGGCAUGGCACAGCGAAAGACGGUAGAAAUGAUUCAAGAAGUGCAGAAGCGAAUACAGCUCCAACAUGUAGUAGAGCAGAAGAAAUAAUACUCCACGCUACUCCAGGCUUACAAUCAGAAGAGUAUUGGCCCUGGCCCAUAUCACUCGCCAGAGCAAACUCAAGAACUUGAAACCCUCAAGUUGAUAUAUGCCAGGCUCACCGGACAGCAAGAUGUGAGUAUGCAAGCCCUGCAACUCUGGCCUAACCAAAUAAGGCAAGUCAUCUCCCACCAGCCCAACCCAACCACUAGUCAAGUCCACAUCACCAUGGCAACCCCUGUAUCCCAAAUGGUUGCUGGGGCAACAUCACAGGGGGUCAUCACACAGCAAACAAUAGCACCCAUGCAGCGAAUUGCACCUGCAUCAACAACAACUGGGACCGGCCAGAAAAUGACCGUCAUACCAGCAACAACAACGGUGACACUUCUCCCUCAAGGGGCCGCCGUUCCAGGGAGUGUAGGUGGAGCUGGUACAACGUCCCAGCAAAUACAACACAUGCAAAUACAGGCACAGCCAGCCGGCAGUGCAGGUAAAAAGCACUACAUCACCGCUCAAACCGUCAGUGCUCAGCCUACUAUGGUGACUGUGGCAUCAAUGGCAAGCCAACCAAUCGUACCCUCUGCUGUGACGGCACAGAGCCUGAUCCACGCACAGCGCACUCUGGCCGGCUCACCCAGCACGACCGCACAACUGGUUACCACAGGAGGGCAAUCCAUAGCAGGCAUCAAACUGACGCAAGGGGCACUCCCUCCUGGGAUAAAGCUCACCACUCAGACACCCACCCUUGUGCAGUCUCUACCGAUACAACAGAGACAGCUUGCACCCAGCAAGCCCAUAGCAGCAGCCCCCUCUGGUUCAGGGUCCAUCCCUAAUAUUGCCCCCGCACCCAGCGUCUCGUCCAUCCCCAAGUCACUUGUCACACACGGAGGUAGACUCCAGACCCGCGUGGAUACAUCCAGCCCUCAGCCAACACAGGUCCUGACCAAACGACGCAUUCAGGAGCUACUCCACGAGAUUGACCCACGUGAACAAAUGGACGAUGAAGUGGAAGAUCUCCUGCUGCAAGUUGCUGAUGACUUCAUUGAGAAUGUUGUAAACUCGUCAGCCCAGAUCGCUAAACACCGCAAAUCCAAUACUCUGGAGGUGAAGGAUGUGCAGUUACACCUGGAACGUUGCUGGAACAUGUGGAUACCCGGAUUUGGAGCAGACGAACUCCGGCCGUACAAAAAAGCUGCUUCUACGGAGGCACAUAAGCAGAGACUAGCCCUUAUACGUAAGUCUCUUAAGAAAUAAAGCGAGGUGUCCAGAAGGGUAGCGAGCUUUGCAGGAUGACCCGAGGGGAACUACGAAGCUGUCGAGAUAUGCACUAUAUGUACAGUAAUCUAGAGCUUGAGUUGAUGUUUGUAAAGAUCUUGUAUAAUAAAAACGUAUUUCGAGCUAA